GUGCGGCCUUGCAGACUGAAGAGCGCUGCCAACAAAGGCCGAGUCGAUGGGGUUACAAAAAUUUCUUAAUUUGGACAUCUAAAAACCCUUUUGUUAUUGUAAUUAUAAUUUUAAAUAGGUUGUGAAUCUGUGAUUACGUUAAGAAAUGUGUGAAUGAUAUGAAUCGUGACGGCUAGCAAAGGAGUCAGCUGGUCCACAGUGCGAAUAGUGAAUAAGAAAUGGCGGCCUUGCCAGCAGGUGUUCAGUAUGCGUUAUCAUCGGAGUCUAGUUAUAAAGAAAACAAGGAACUAGUGUUUGUGAAAUUAACGGAUUCAGCAUUGAAAGCUAUAGAAGACUUCAUUAGAAAUAAUAGGGACAAAUUGGCAAAACCUAAAAUACAGUUCCUACCCGGAAAUGAAGGGAAAAUCUCCAUUCCGGCUCCAUCCAGUGGUAAUGGAUCAUCGGGUGAAUCCACGUUUCACUUCAGUAUCAAUAGCAAUGCAGAAAUGGAGGGUCCACAGGGUUCGUUCGAGUGCGUCAGGGGUGGGGGCGCGAGGCGCCUGGAGUCGUGCGGGCCGCUGCCGCGAAGAAUGCGCGUGCAAGCCAACGACGACUCGUACGAGGCGACCAAGGACCGAAUGUCCAGGACUAUCGCCGCGGAGCAGAGCAAAUGCACCCGCGUCAUUAAACCUAAUCAAACGGAUAUAGGUCGACGUGUUAAAGUGCGCUCAACACAUCCUACGUACUCAAAUGGGCCUGCAGCUCAGUUGGCUGAACGGCUCGAAAGGGCCGAAAGGCCAGAGCGCCCCGAAAGACCCGAACGACCGGAAAGGCCUGAGAGGCCGGAACGACCUGAACGGCAAGAGCGGCAAGAACGGCCUGAACGAGCAGAAAGACCCGAGAGACAAGAUCGGCCCGAACGGCCAGAACGGCCUGAAAGACCCGAACGGCCGGAACGGCCUGAGAGACCUGAACGGCAAGAACGGCCAGAGCGGCCUGAGCGGCAAGAACGGCCCGAGCGACCAGAAAGGGCUGAACGCCCCGAACGGUCGGAAAGACCUGAACGGAUGGAGCGUGUAGAAAGGCCGGCGGUCGCACCUCCUGCGAGUCGCCCGCAACCCACUGCGUCCGCGCACCCGCACCCCCAGCCCCAGCAGCACCCGCAACCACACCCCCAUCAACCGCAACGGCCUCCCCCCAAUCCAGACCUUACUAGGCGACCCUUAAAAGAAAGACUUAUACAAUUAUUAGCACUGAAACCCUUCAAGAAGCCCGAACUAUACGCGAGACUCAUGAGUGAGGGCCUCAAAGAAAAGGAACGUAGUAUGGUGAACAAGAUCCUGCCAGAGAUCGGCACGCUCAAGGACAACUGUUACCACUUACGUAGGCACGUAUGGAACGACGUCAACGAAGAUUGGCCAUUCUAUACGGAGGAAGAAAAACGUUUGCUCAAGAGGCGGAAACCUCAAAAUCUAACGCCGCCGCUCAGCAGCGACUCCGCGAACUCGCUGUCGCCGCGCGCGUCGCCGGGCGCGAGCAAGCGCGCGGGCGCCAGCGCCGACGACGCGCCCGCCGCCGUCAAGAAGCAGCGCAUCUCGCACUACCGCCGGCCCUCGCCGCCCUCCUCCGGGUACGCCACCACCUCCUCCGGCGAGCGCCACGCCUCCGACAACGAGGACGACCGCACCACGGUUAAAAAGGACAAUGGUUAUACUCUCAACUUUACUACCGUGAAGGAUCUCUGUCCCAGUCCUGUGAAGGCGAAUGGCUUUAGUAGAAGUAGUCCUCCUGUAGAGCAAACUAGUAUCACAGUAAAAGACAUCACAAAUACGGAACCUUUAGAAAAUACAGCUUUAACGUCUGUGCCUGAAGAAAACAUGACUGAUUUGGUAGACAUUGAAAGACAAUAUCCGCCAAUAACGAGCUCGAGCACGCGGCGCGCGUACAAGAACGAGUUCGCGACGCUGUACACGGAGUACCAGUCGCUGUACGAGCGCGUCGCGCAGGUCGCCGCGCUCUUCACGCAGCUCGAGCACCAGCUCAAGUGCGCCGAGCCCAAGUCGCCGCAGCACCGGAGCAUAGAGCAGCGCAUAGUGGAGGAGUACCAGCGCAUGCGCAACGACGUGGCCUACCAACGGGACAGGCGGCGCGUUAACUACCUGCAUCGGAAACUUAACCACAUCAAGCGGAUGGUACACCAGUACGACCAACUGCGCAACCUGAAGCCGGAGCGCGUGUCGGCGGCCAGCACGACGCAGGCGUACUGACCCGCGCGCGGCCUCUAGUACAGCCGCGCGCGCCCCGCGCCGCCGGAGCGCCGCGCGUGCCGUGCGCACCGGACGUUCAGUGCGGGCCGGACGUGCAGUGCGCGCCGGGCCUACGGUGCGAGCCGGACGUGCAGUGCGCGCCGAGCCUACGGUGCGAUCCGGACGUGCAGUGCGAGCCGGGCGUUCAGUGCUAGCCGGACGUUCAGUGCGAGCCAAAUUGCAGUAUUGUAAAUGUGUGUAUUUUUAAAACGAAGGUUAGGCUUAAGAUUUCUGUUAUCGAGAUUCCUAUUGAUGCCUUAUUCGAUCUGAAUUCUGAACUCGAACGUACCAGACGAUUGUGAGAUAUGUCUUUAGAUGUUAUAUAUUAUACGGAUCGGACGACCGAAGUUUUAUAUGUGAGAGAUGUAUUGUACACACAUAAGCGUUCUGCCAAUUUGGUAUUGUAAGUAUUGUUGUUUGGUCAAAAUAUAUUUAGUUAAAAUUGUUAUAUUGCAGCUGAAUGUUUUUAAUUUUACGGUUCUUCCAUUAUUUUAUAAAAAGGAAACGAUUGAUUUGAAAUGACGAAUCGAGACACCGAGCGGAGGUAUAGAUCUUCGCCUUACCGGAUAUGAGGGCCCAUAUUGAAUUAUAAGAAAACAUUUAUAAACCUAGCUAAUUAUAUUAUUACAUAUUUUCGGACAUUAACUGUAUUUAAUGUAUAUCAAACUUUAUUUUUUUACCAAUUCCUUGUGUAUUUCUGCUUUAAUUACUUUGACCUUCAAAUAAUGUAAUUUCAUGUUAAUAAGAUUAUUGAUUAUAGCAGAAAUAUACAAAAUAAGGUUAAUAAUAUUGUACCAUAAUGUUAUUUGCUAUUGUUAGUAGUGAAGGAUCUUGACGAUUGCGAGCGAUUCAACGUUAUAUAGGUCCUUAACUUUGUUUUUUAUCAAUUGGUUUUUAUAGUGUAAAUAACUGAAAACGUAUAUAUUUUAAUAACAAAUAAGUACAUAAUAGUCCAAUAGUAGAUGAUUGUUCGUCCACAUUUUAUUCCACACGAAAAAUAUUGCCGUCUGAUGUUAUUGUUGUCCAAAUGAAUUUCGCUUAUAAAGUUGCCAUCGUUGACCCUCGAUAUCAUUUCGUUUUUAAAUCGCCUUUAAAAGGAUGGAUCGAUUGUGAAUCACUGCAAUUUUAAUGUCAAUUUAAAGGACUAUUGACCUUUAAAAAUUCUAAAAUAAAAACACUGUCGAUUAUAUUUUAGACGCGAUUACGUCCCUCUUGCUUCUAAACAAUCCAUCCAUUUUUUAAUGUUGGACGUUCAUUUUGUACGCGUCUUGCCCAGCUUGCAUGUUGUAUAUAGUAACAUAUAGAAAGAUAUAUCAUGUUCUUGUUAAAUUUUACUAUGGGUAGUGUAAUAUUUUCAGUUUUUUUUUUCGUCUUUAUUAAUAAUAUAAUUACACAUAUUAUUAUUAUAUUAAUAUUUGUUCAAUUGUUUUGACUCGGUCGUGUCAUUGACGUCGAUAAAGAUCUUGAAAAUAUCUCAAUGGCUUUAAAUAAAUCACUCAUUGAUGUCACAAAGUAAACUCAAACGAGAUCGACGAUUAGUAUUAAAGGACAAGCGGAAGUGACACGACCGAGAUUGAAUACGUAAAUGUGGUCAUAGUUUUUGCCAAAAUUAUAAAUACAUUUUAUAUUUAAUUAGUUUUUAAUUGCUAAAAAAACGUCUCGAGUUAGCAACAACCGGCCAGUGUUGAACAUCCACUAGAAAUAAGGAAAUAUUCUGGUCCUCUUCAGAAUAACCCUCCAAAUCACAAUAAAAAAAAUGUAGUUAUUUUAGUCUGCAUUGGGUUCUUUGACAUAUGGAGCAUUUUACCUCAAUAAUUAUGAUUUAAAUUCUUUGUACUUCGUUAAAAAAAAAAAAAACAAUUAGCAUUAUAUAGCAAAUUUUAGUCUUAACAAUAAGUUCAAACAAACCAACAAACAAACAUAAAACUAUUAAUUUAUUUUUGUUUUCGAAUUAAAGCUCCGUCGUAAGCCCAAUGUAAGAAAAGCCGUCUUUCGUAUUUUGUCCUAAAACUAACGUCCAUAUUUUUGAAAAUGAUUUAGCGUUAAGUAAUUCUGAUUUAAUCAAUGAAAGAUAACUAGUUUUUUGUGAGUCCACUAUAAUCCAACUCGUCAUCCAUUUGCUGCAAAUUCGUCACAUUAGAACGUUUAUUAUGGAACCGUAAAGACCGAUGACAUCAUCAUUAUUUAAACUUCCCAAUUGUCCAAGUAAAUCUUUAAGAGAAAUCAUUAGUAAUAAAUUUAAAUUAAUAUUGCUUAUGAAUUGACUACAUUUUCAACUAAAUUGUCUCAAUGCAGUUUCAUAUCAAAAUUACCUUCAUUUUUUAGAGUCGAAUUGUUUCCAGAUAAUGUUUAUAAAUACUUAUUUGUUAUGAAUUCGUAUUUAAUAUAUAUUUUCUAAUAUAUAAUACUAGCGUAAUAAAUUGAUGUAGGUUUACGAAACCAUGUUAAUUGAUGAUGUUGUUUCAGUUCAUUUUUGUCAAUUAAUAUAUAAAACGGCGUUGCUCUUUCAUUAUGUUUUUGUCGAAACGAAUACAGUCAAUUGUUUUGUACGUAACGACACCGCGCCUACUCGGCGUCGGGUAAUCGGUCAAUUCGUAUGCAAGUGCCCUUUGUUUGCUCACGCGGUUAUUUUAUCACUUUACUCAUUAAAAUGCUCAAUAUUAUGGUCAUGAUAUUAGAUAAUUAAACUUCGCUUCGGAAUCUUUAUUUAUUACUUUUCACUAUUUAUUGUUUUUAAUUACUCUAUAUUAUUUUCACUCAAAAUUUUUUUUCUAUGUGUCAGUGAAUUUAUCAUGCCAUUUAUUGGUUUUGACGUGUCAAAGAACAACGUGAAACUACUUGCCCGUCAUGUUUUGACGUUUUGAACAUGCACGAACAUCACAAAUAGGAAAAUCAAAACAAUUCACAUGUGAACGACCAUCUUUUAUUUAAAUUUGAUUUACGGCUCUGGAUGCAAGUCAUUUAAUGCCUUAAAGUUAACAAUAUGUAUCAUUUUUUAAACAAAACCGUUAAAAAGUUAUCGUUACCAGUAGUUUAAGCAACGAUUGUUUUAUUAUAAUAUAUAAAUACUGUAAAAUACUUGUAAUCAUUUGUUCCCUCGAGAGUUGGUAAUAUACUUGUGUUUAAAACGAAACUGUUAUGAUUAAAGUGGACAUUGUGAAUAUGCAUUCCAUUCAUCUCGAGUUUUUGUUUAGCACUGUUCAUUGAUGCACUUACUUAUUGAUUUACUAAAUAAUUACUACUCAUUCAUAAACAAUCGUGUCGAUAGAUUAUUAUAUAUUCUAAAUAGAUGUAUAAGAAUACAGACUUAUGGCGUUUGCCGUGUGAUCUAUGAUAUAUAAGAGUGCAUCAAUUAUAUAAUACUGCGUUCAUAUUCAGCACGCAGCACCGGGAAGUGUGCAACGCGAGAAUGUAAACACUCAUUAUCUUCGACGCUCCAACGAAAGUUCA